AUGCAAAUCUAUUCCCUCCUCCCAAUCUACAUCCUCGCCGCCACGGCCUCCGCGCAGAACUGGGGCCAACCCCAGGGCGGCCCCGGCGGAAACCAAUACCAACCACCGUCAAACUACCAGCCCGCUCCUCCAGGAGGCAACCAAGGCGGGAGCUGGUCCUACCAGCAGACGUAUAACCCGGGACAGCCUCCGAGCCAGUUCAAGACGAUCUCGCCGAAUGAGGCGGAUGAUUGGAGGUCUUGCACGAAUGGGUUUUUGCUGAGUAUUGAUAGGGGUGAGGAUGGGAGUGGGCCGGCUUGUAAUUGUACGUUCUCCAUCUCAUUUCCUUUUAAGUAA